AAUCUGUAUAAAUACCAAAAGGUUCUGCGUAUUCCUCAUUAGAGUUUCGGUUUUACUGCUGUGAACAAGCAACUCAUCGGACAAUAUGAAACUCUUCCUGGUCGCUUUUGCCGUGAUCGCAGCCGCGGCUGCCGAUGUCAGCCACCUGCCCUCCAACGAGUACCUGCCUCCCGUCCAGGAGCAGCAGAUCAUCGCCGGACCCACCAACGAGUACCUAGCUCCCUUGGAGGUCCAGCCUGCCCCAGCCCAUGAGCUGGCCGAUGAUGGCUACCGAUACAAGACCCACAAGCGCGUGGUGGUCCGCCGCCAUCGCCGUGACGUCAACGAGCCCUCCAACGAGUACCUGCCCCCCUUCAAUGCUCCUUCCAACGAGUACCUGGCACCCGCUCAAAGUGCUCCUGAGACCGUCUUGGCCAAUGAUGGAUACCGUUACAAGACCCAGAAGCGCGUGGUUACCAAGCGUCACCGUCGUGAUGUGAGCCACUUGCCUUCCAACGAGUACCUGCCCCCUGUCCAGGCUGCCGCUCCUUCCAACGAAUAUCUGCCCCCGGUGUCCGCCCCCGUCCAGGUUGCUGCCCCAGCUCCCGCUCAAGUUCAGUUCGCCGCCCCCGCUCCCGUCGUGGUUGAGGCUGAGCCCGCCCAUGACCUGGCCGAUGACGGUUACCGUUACAAGACCAAUCGUCGCGUUGUCUAUCGCCGUCACCGCCGUGACGUCAACGAACUCUCCAACGAGUACCUGCCUCCCGUCCAGGAGCAGCAGAUCAUCGCCGGACCCACCAACGAGUACCUAGCUCCCUUGGAGGUCCAGCCUGCCCCAGCCCAUGAGCUGUCCGAUGAUGGCUACCGAUACAAGACCCACAAGCGCGUGGUGGUCCGCCGCCAUCGCCGUGACCUCAACGAGCCCUCCAACGAGUACCUGCCCCCCUUCAAUGCACCUUCCAACGAGUACCUGGCACCCGCUCAAAGUGCUCCUGAGACCGUCUUGGCCAAUGAUGGAUACCGUUACAAGACCCAGAAGCGCGUGGUUACCAAGCGUCACCGUCGUGAUGUGAGCCACUUGCCUUCCAACGAGUACCUGCCCCCUGUCCAGGCUGUCGCUCCUUCCAACGAGUAUCUUCCCCCGGUGUCCGCCCCCGUCCAGGUUGCUGCCCCAGCUCCCGCUCAAGUUCAGAUCGCCGCCCCUGUCCAGCUGGCCGCCCCCGCUCCCGUCGUGGUUGAGGCUGAGCCCGCCCAUGAGCUGGCCGAUGACGGUUACCGUUACAAGACCCAUCGUCGCGUUGUUUACCGCCGUCACCGCCGUGACGUCAACGAGCUCUCCAACGAGUACUUGCCUCCCGCCGAGUACCUUGCCCCCGUGGAAAACACCGUCGAGGCGGCUCCCGCCCAUGUCCUGGCUGAUGAUGGAUACCGCUACAAGACCCACAAGCGCGUUUUGUACCGCCGCAACUAAAUCAUCCGAUAAAGGCUUCACUUGGUGAUUGAAUCGUGCUCAUUUUGGAGUGCAGACCCUACUAUUAGAAUACCUCUUUUUCAUUCAAAUACAAUAAUACGAUAACGAAUCCAUA